AGUAAAAAGGAAAAAAGGGUUUUGUAAUUUUCAAGAGAAACCACCCAAAACCCCCCUACGCACUGCUGCUUAAUCCACCGCCAAAUGCCCAAAUUCAAGAUCCUUAGCAAUCUCGUCCGUGCAGCCAUCAAAACCACCACCGCCUCCACCACCAUCGCCAGUGACACGACUUUCAAAAGCCUCGUCAGCCAUUUCGAAUCCAUAACACCCCCCAAACCAGAAACUUCUUCCAAGUCCAAAAAACAACCUGAAACUAAACCUCAAUCUCCUCCGUCACCCGGAGUUAAAUCUAGCCCUGGUGCUCUUGGAUUAGAAGACUUUUAUUCUGAAACAAUCCCGACAGCAAAAGACAUGGCAAAGACAGCAAAAGUCAUAGAAAAUAUUAUAAAUGAUGUUUUGAAAAUUAAAUCGCUAGGUUUGGAAGAAGCAGAUGAUGAGAAAGUUGUAGAAAACGUUUUCAAGACACCAUGGCUUUCAAACUGGAAGAAAAACAAUAUAGGUAUACAGCGGAAAGAAAUAUCUUAUGAAAGGAAACAAAAAUGGAUUUUCAAAAAUAGUCAGGUCUAUCGUUUUGACCGAUUAGUUGACACAUGUGCCUUCAAGCUGGGGACAGAUGCUACAAUGGAAGUGUUUGGAAUGUUGGGAAGGGAAACAGGUUUGAAAGAGUUCAAUGCAUUGAUGAAGAUGUGCAUUGAGCAAUGUAGGGAAACUGAUGAUGAGAAUGUUGCGAAGGAACAGAUUUCUGAAGUUCUUAAACUUUUUAUAUCAAUGAAGGAACAAGGUUUCCCAGUAGAGGAGGAAACUUAUGGUCCAUUUCUUAUGCUUUUAAUUGAUAAGGGUAUGGUGGAAGAAUUUUAUUUCUUCUAUGGCAUUAUCAAAGAUACAAAUCCUAGCGAAAUUGCACGAUUAGGCUAUUAUGAUAUGCGUUUUUAUAUCAGAGUCAAUGAUGAAAAGAAGAUUCGGGAACUUUGCAAUUGUAUUUGUACUGAUUAUGGGGACGAGAAUAUCAGUUUACGAGAAAAUUAUUUACUGGCACUCUGUGAAAGUGACCAGAAGAAUUACCUGUUGCAGCUGUUAGAGACUGUGGAUAUCACAAAACUUUCAUCGUUGGGCAAUGCAGUCAGUAUCUUUAAAUCCUUAGGGAGGCUAUCAUUGGAGUCCUAUGUAGAGAAGUUCCUUUUGGUGCUCAAAAAUUGUGAUUAUGGAGCGGAGGAUAUUUCAACUCUCAUCUUUAGUUAUGCUACUAGCAUUCCAAAUUUAGCGGUUGAGGAUGUUGUUUCAAAAUUCAAAACCUUACACACAGUAAUGGAGAUGAGUCCUUCUUCAACUUCAUAUGAGAGGCUCAUUGUAUACAGUUGCAAUUCACUUAAGGUGCAUCAUGCUAUUGAUAUGGUAGACCAACUGUGUGAAGAGGGUUUCACCAUAUCCAUAAACACAAUACAUUCUAUGUUGAAUGCUAGUGAGGCAAGCCUUGAUUUUAAUUUGUUCAGUUCUCUUGAUUCAACAAGCAAGACAGCCUUUUGCUUUCAUGUUCAGCGAAUCUAUUCAUUGAUUUAUCACCUGGACUUGACACCAACUAAUGAGACAUUUAGGAGAAUGAUAGGUUUGAGUGUGAAAAUGAAAGAUUUUGAUGGUGCAAUUGGUCUGCUCAAUGAUUUGAAGAAAUUGAAUUUGACACCGACAGCUGGCAUGUAUAAUGCUAUAAUGGAUGGAUAUUUUCGAGAGAAAAACAUUAGUGGUGCAUUAAUGGUUCUAGAGCAAAUGAAACUUGCAGAUGUGAAACCAGAUUCUGCAACUUACAGUUGUUUAAUAAGCAAUUGCGACAAUGAAGAUCAAAUUACCAAGUGUUAUGAAGAAAUGAAGGUUGCUGGAAUUCAAGUUUCGAAGCAAAGUAUAUAUGGCGCUUAUUGAUGCAUAUGCAACAUGUGGGAAAUUUGAGAAGGCCAAACAGACGAUUAAUGUGGUCAGCAGGCAAAGCAAGGCUAAAGAGUCAAUAUUUGUUAUGCACAAGAUUCAUCGGCAACAACCCAGCAAAAGGGUGGGUAAGUUACGGUGUCCAAAAAGCAACAAUGGCAGGUUAAACAGAGCAAUGAAGGCAACAUCAAAAUCAAUUAUGGAAGUGCAAAGAGUUUGCUCAAUUUUCUCUGCAGGUGAUUUGCUCAAGCGUGCUGACAACUCUCUAAGCAACGCAACAAAGGGUGAACAGCUAGCAAUCCUGCAACCAAGGAAAAAUGAAAGUUCGAGGAAGAGAUCCAAAGAUGUAUCUCAUGGAACAAGUGAUUAAUAUAUGACAAACCCUCAAGCAAGAUGGGAAAAGCAUGUGUGAACAAGCAGUGAAAGCAUAGAGUGACAAUGUAUAAGCAGUGUUGUUGCAAAUGGAAAAGCAUUUCCCUUCUAUAAGUUUUUUGAAUGGCAUGCUCCUUAUAAUCCUGUUAUCUUGGUAUCAAAUGUGAGAAACAUUCGCACAUCAAUUCGAAAGUGGAUAGAACACAUAUUCAUUGACUGGAAA